CAGUAUUACGAAAAUGCCACGUGUAACCCUACUUGUCAAUUUCCCAGAGUCCCAGACCCCAGUGUGAGGCGACUUGGCCGCGUUCUUACAAAGCGGUUUUGCUAAAUGAAGGGUGGCCUGGCUGUGUGCCUUGGCAAGGCGCCCCAUCGGCCUAGGGCGCGGGCGCGGUCGCAGAUAGCGCCACAGGAAGGCAGCGGCUAAGGCACAGGCGAAGACCACGGCGGCCGGACGAGGGUCUCCGGCUGGCCGGGCGGAGCCCACAGCCAAGCCAGGCCCGCCGGCUUCAGGAUCCCUAACCCCAGUGCACGGAGCCUCCAAGACGCGGGCGGGCCGGGAUCCGUGGAAGCCCGAGGGGCUGGUGUCCCGGGGAGGGCGCGCAGCACCAGGGGCGCGGCAGGAACCUCCGGAGCUCGCUUUGAACCCGUCCUUCUACGGCCUGGGCGACAUCGUCGUCUUCCGCGUGGAGAUGACGUCCCGGAAGGGAGUGGAACCCGGGGGGAGCCAGGACGCUGAGUGCCUCAGAACGCCCAGAACAGAGGGCCAGAUGGCACUGGAGGCCGAGCGCCAUGCCCUGGGUGUGUUUGAAUGCCAGCUCUGUGCCUUGACGGCGCCGUACAGCUACAAGGGCCAGAAGCCCCCCAACACGCAGUCUGUCGUGCUCCUGGAGGACAGCUACGUCAUGAAGGACCCCUUUACCCCGGACAAGGACGGGUUCCUGGUCCUCGGCUCGCGGUGCAGUUUGUGCAGCAGGCUGGUGUGUGUGGGCCCGGAAUGCAGCCUGUUCUACUCCAGGAGGCUCUGCCUCCCUUGUGUCCAGGAGAACAUCAGUGCUUUUCCCCGGGAAAUCCGGCAGGACUUGGAGAAGAGGAAAGCGCCAUCCAAGAGGCCCUCCAGCCAGCCCAGUUCUCGCACGUGAGCGUGGCCCGGGCCGGCCUGGGGUGUGGGUGCCACUGGAUGGGGAGCCCCUGUAGCUGGCCUUGCUUCGGGAUGGACUGCAGCUGCAGCCUCUGCAUCCCGAGGGCGUGGUUCCACCUGCAGUAGCAGCACAGGAAGCUGAGCCGGACAGCGGGUGCAGGCCAGACACGCGGGGCCACUGGCGGGCCUCCCAGCACUCCCAUGGGGCUGCACCAUCGGCGGGACGGUUCACCCAGAGGCCACUGUCAGUGCACGGCAGAUGGCUGUGACGUCCCUGAGGACAGUCAUGGGCAGCCCUGCCCGAGGGACCAGGCUGGGAGUCUGCGGGGGUGGGAGUCUCAUCCUCGUGCCAUGCUCGGGAAGUGUUUUUAGUCUUGACCAUGUAUUAUGUUUAUAAUUUAAACCCUGACAACCAGCUAA